UUGACAUUUGACAAGCAUUGAUUACAAUUUACAAUUUACAUCACAGAAUUUUACAUCAUUACAUUAAAAAAGAAGACUAAUCUGGAAUUUGGAUCGAAAACAUUUAUCAACAAUUAUUUUGAAGUUAAAAAAGUGUUUAUGUGUUAAUAACGCGACUAAUCAAUUGUGUUUUUCGCGUUUCUUUGUGUUCAAAUUAUGUGAUCACUUUCUCUUCAGCUACUCGGUUGCGACAUCAACAGACAACAAUGCUGGACAAUAUGCUUUACUCUUUAUCAGCCAACAGCUCCAAUGGGACUGAUGACGAGGGUUGCAUGCUUCUGAACACGUCUCAGAGUGUAAUAAUCACAGGGGCAUACAACGGUAUACCUCAGACCUUGAUCCUAAAUAUCAUAUCGUGGACAUGUCUAAUAUUACUGUUCACGGUGCUGCGGCGUACUGCCUGGAACUAUGGGCGCAUGGCGCUCGUUCAGCGAUCAAAGAGCAGGUGGACGAAUUUGUUUUUCGGCGGCGGGGACAACGACGCUUUGGUGGAAAGGCGAAGGAGCGCCGAUGAGUCUUUGAACAUCGAUGAAGGGUUCUUCACUUGGAUUCCUGCAGUGUUCCGACUCACACGCGAGCAGGUCCUCGCGAAAUGCGGACCAGAUGCCGUCCACUACCUUUCCUUUCAGAGACACGCGAUAACACUCAUGUUCAUCGUCACAUUAGUCUCUAUAGGUAUAAUCCUUCCAAUCAAUUUCCAAGGAUCUAAUCAAAUAGAUGCAAACACAUUCAGUCGCACCACAUUAACCAACCUAAAUGGACGAUCAUCUUGGCUAUGGGUACACACAAUAAUGAGUAUUCUCUUCCUCCCUGUAUCAGUUUUAAUCAUGAGAAGAUGCACCGGCAGGAAGCCAGUACCGACGUCAAUGACUGGCACUAUUAUGAUCACUAACAUAUCCAGAGCUGAUAGAAACGAGGCCACAAUAAGAGCGUACUUCACACACAACUUUCCGCACAUACAAAUCGUAGAUCUACGUCUCGCUUACAACAUCAACAAGCUAAACGAGGUUCAGGAGCAAAAGGAAAUGGUGAGUGAAGCUCUAAUAUACACAGAAACAUAUUUCAGGAAGACGGGUAAAAAGAUAAUGGUUAGACCAACUUUAUGUGGACCUGAAGUAGAUGGCCUGGAGUAUUACACUAAUGAAGAAAAACGACUAAAAGAUGAAGCUAAGAGAUGUAAAGCUAUGGUUCUCAAUGACCCACUGGGUAUUGCUUUCUUAACGUUACCCUCUUACCAACUAGCUGAGCAUGUAAUCAACCACUUCAGCUUGCACCGUGGCUGGGUGUUAACGCAUGCCACCAACCCCUCAGAUAUAAUUUGGGAAAAUUUGUCCGUUCAGCCUGGUAUUUGGUAUGUGAAAGCUAUCAUAAUUAAUGUUUGUCUUUUCAUAGUCCUCUUUUUCUUGACAACACCAGCUUUUAUCGUUAACCUGUUCAACACCACAGUAGCAAAGCCCGAAAGCUUGAACAGAAUUAGCACUCUGAUAUUUGAGUUCCUGCCUACCUUACUGCUUUGGACCAUGGCAGCUGUGAUGCCGGCGAUCGUGGCGUUCUCCGAUAAGUUCCUCUCCCACUGGACUAAAUCUCAACAGAACUACUCCAUUAUGACCAAAACUACCUCAUACCUGUUGCUUAUGACUUUGAUUUUACCAUCAUUAGGGCUCGCUAGUGCAGAGGCUUUCUUGCGGUGGACAUGGCACCACGAAAACGAUACGAUGAGAUGGGACUGUGUCUUUCUACCUGACAAGGGUGCAUUCUUUGUGAACUAUGUGAUAACUUCAGGGUUUAUCGGUACCUCACUGGAGCUGAUACGUUUUCCGGAGUUAUUCCUUUAUGUCUGGUAUCUCUUACAGUCUAAAUCGAAAGCGGAAAAGAGUUACGUAAAGAAGGCGAUUUUGUAUGAAUUUCCAUUUGGAGUUCACUACGCUUGGAGUCUUGCUGUUUUUUCCAUAACCAUGGUCUACAGUCUGGCUUGUCCUCUUAUUGCGCCGUUUGGGCUGAUAUACUUUUGCUUGAAGCAUGUGGGGGAUAAGCAUAAUUUGUACUUUGCGUACGGGCCGUGUGAUAUGAGCGGGGUUGGCGGCGGGCGAAUUCACGCCACUGCCGUCAGAUUAAUUCGUGUGUCUGUGUUACUACUACUGAUCAAUAUGGCAGCAUGGGCCGGAUUGCGAGCCGGGUUCGAAGCUCGAACGAUCAUUUUAAUAAUGGCGUCGAUAGUUGCGUUCGGAACUUUCCUGUUACUGAGUCCGUUCCCGAGCUGCACCCCCCCGGCGCCCUUGCAAACGGAGAGUAGUAUAAGGUUCCCGGAGUACGUGGCCCCGGUAUUGGCCAAACCCUUGGACACGCCACCCAUUUCCUCACCUUCGACGCCCGACUAUGGCGCUUCGUCACCAGUCGUUAACCUCUCAUACAGCCCAGACCCGAUCAAUAUAUAAUGUAUUUGCAUUCUAAUAAGUAUAAUUUUCGAUGAAAUCAUAUCACGAUUCACGAGAUAAAGAAAGUAUCUUUGAGAUAUCGGCGUGUUUUGCGAUAUUGACUAAUGCAAAGAGCGUAUUUAUAGCAAUGUAAAUAAAUAAUGCAAUAUUUUUUUAUAUUUUAAUAAUAAUAGUCCUAGUCUUGAGGAUACUCUUAAAGUUAUCGUUGUUUUCGACUCCUCGUGUUGUUUGCUUUUUAACUGCACCAUCACGUCAUUUAUGUAUGUUGCACACUGGAAAAUCAAUUUUAAC